UUUUUUCCUAAACGGACUAACGAGGCCUCCGCAUAGUCGAUCCCCGAACACAUCCACAAUAUGAAUAGGUCACGACGACCCCCGCGCACGUUAGUAAUUCCCCCUUCCCUUCUCGCCCCUUCUUCUUCCCCUCUCUAUUUUAUCUUUCCUGCCCCUGCGGAACCCCCUUUUUUCCGUUCGCCAUCGCAAUCCAUCUGCAGAUCUCCCGAUUCCCCGCUCCUGCGCGCUGAUUUCCAUUCCUUUUUCCUCAAUUUCGCCAAGGAUCUGUUCCGAUUCUAGAUUCGAUUCGUUUUCAGUGUGGCACAGAUGGAACAUCCAAUUGAAGACUAUGAUGAAUAUGAUGAAUACGAAGAAUAUGAAGGUGAUGAUCAAAUGUAUGAAGAAGAAGAGGAGGAAUAUGAAGAGGUAGAAGACCGUAAGCCUACCAAGGAAGAAUUAGAAUACCUUGAACUAAGGCAACGAUUGAAAGAGCAAAUUAGAAAGCAGUCAAAAAAAGAUGGCAGUAAAAAAGAUGGCGGUUCUCACAUGAACUCCAGAGAUAAGAAGCUUCCCUAUGAUAAUUUUGGUUCAUUCUUUGGUCCUUCCCAACCUGUCAUUUCUCAAAGAGUAAUUCAAGAAAGCAAGUCAUUAUUAGAAAACCAGCACUUGGCAUCUAGGGUUUCCCACCAUCAUGAUAAUAAAAAGAGUCACGGUCCAAAUAGUGCAGCUCCCAAACCUAGGGUUCCACCCAAAAUCAUAAAUGAGAAGAAGACGAAAGUUCAAAAGCUUAAGGACACCAGAGACUACUCCUUUCUAUUUUCCGAGGAUGGACAUGUUCCUGCUCCUACAAAAGAGUCCUCAUCUCAUAGUGUUUCGGUUCCAAGUACUGAGGCACGUUCAGCUCAUGCUCUCAUGAAAAAUAAGCAGCCUCCGAGUAAUUCUCGUCAGAAUAUUCAUGUGGGUCAUAAAGACAAAAAGUCUGUUUCCAUCAAUGGCGGCCAAAUGCAGUCUAGAAACAAGCCAGCAUCCUCUGGCAACCUCAAUUCGUCAGUAAUGAAGGCUAAGACACAAUUGGGUAAUAGGCACAACGGGAAUGGUCCUGGCCGGCCAGUGAGUAAUAGCCACAACGGGAAUGGUCCUGGCCGGCCAGUGAGUAAUAGCCACAACGGGAACGGUCCUGGCCGGCCAUUGAGUAAUAGCCACAACGGAAACGGUCCUGGCCGGCCAGUGAGUAACAGCAACAAUGGGAAUGGUCCUGGCCCGAAAGCCCCAUCUGCUCUCGUGCAGAGGAAGACUUCUCUACCAGGUACAAAGAGUUCCGUACCUGUUGUUCACAAGCCAUUACCAUCAAAAGCACUUCCAGAUAAGAGGAAUGAAAUUCGAGAACCUGCUAAGGCUAAAGUAACACCGAAUCGUCUCAUGUCAUCGUCAAGACCCCAGAUGAGCAAGCCAGCACCACAAAGACAAGUUUCAUCUCGUCCAGCUUUGAAUGUUCAACGGCCGAAGAAAAGGCCUGCAAGGCCUUACUCUGAUGAUGAGGAUGAUGAGGAGGGCGGAAAAGCUAUUAGUCUUAUCAGAAAAAUGUUCAGAUACAAUCCGAACAAGUUUUCCCGAGAUGAUGACGACAGUGAUAUGGAGGCCAAUUUCGAAGAUAUAAUGAUGGAGGAAAAAAGAAGUGCAAGAAUAGCAAGGAAGGAGGAUGAAGAGCAACUUCGUUUGAUCCAAGAAGAAGAAGAACGGGAGAGGCGUGCGAGAAUUAAAAGGCUUAAAAGAGCGAAAGGGCAAUAGUUAGUGAUUUUUUUUUUUUAAUGGGUAGAUUUAAUAUUUGUUAAUUUGAUGAGAGAUCAUCGAAGAAGAGCCCGCCCCCAGCCCCCGCCCCCCCUUCACUUGAAAUCAGUUUGGUUGUAUCUUCAAUUUCUUUAGUGCUAGAAGCUCCUGCUUAAAUUACGGGGAUUUAGUUUUUGUAGAUUUCCAAAAUUAAAAUUUAACUUCGCCAUUGAAGUCACCACCCUCACCUUGUAUUUACCGAAAACCUCUGUUGCACCACAGUUUGUUUGUUUUUUUGUUUUUUGUUUUUCUUAAAUCUUCUUUUCUUCUUGGAAAUAUUGUAAAAGAUGAAUAAAAUUUGUGGUGAUGAUUUUGAUACAUUGGAAGGAGGGAUUUGAA